AAGUACAUAUGUGACAGGGCACAGUCAGGCAGACUCUGUACUCCAGCUUAGCGUUCAGUUAGGCACAGGCGCCCCUCAAGCCCCUCUCUCACUUCUCUCCUUGGUUUUCAUUUGGACGUUUGGUUGGUGCCACAGCAAUAAGCAGACAUGGAUGCCAUCAAGAAGAAGAUGCAGAUGCUCAAGCUCGACAAGGAGAACGCCUUGGACAGAGCAGAGCAGGCUGAGUCAGACAAGAAAGCAGCAGAGGACAGAAGCAAACAGCUUGAGGAUGAUUUGGUAGCGCUGCAGAAGAAGCUGAAGGGAACUGAGGAUGAGUUGGACAAGUACUCUGAGGCUCUUAAAGAUGCCCAGGAGAAACUUGAGCUGGCUGAGAAGAAAGCCGCCGAUGCUGAGGCAGAUGUCGCUUCUCUUAACAGACGUAUCCAGCUGGUUGAGGAGGAGUUGGAUCGUGCACAGGAGCGUCUGGCAACUGCCCUGACCAAGCUGGAGGAGGCUGAGAAGGCUGCUGAUGAGAGCGAGAGAGGCAUGAAGGUCAUUGAGAACAGGGCCAUGAAGGACGAGGAGAAGAUGGAGCAUCUGGAGGUUCAGCUCAGAGAAGCCAAACAGAUCGCUGAGGAGGCUGACCGCAAAUAUGAGGAGGUGGCCCGUAAGCUCGUCAUCAUUGAGGGUGACCUGGAGCGCACAGAGGAGCGCGCUGAGCUGACAGAGAGCAAAUGCUCUGAGCUUGAGGAAGAGUUGAAAACUGUGACCAACAACCUGAAGUCACUGGAGGCCCAGGCUGAGAAGUACUCACAGAAGGAGGACAAGUACGAGGAGGAGAUCAAGGUCCUCACCGACAAGCUGAAGGAGGCUGAGACUCGUGCUGAGUUCGCUGAGAGAUCAGUAGCCAAGCUUGAGAAGACCAUCGAUGACUUGGAAGAUGAGUUGUAUGCCCAGAAACUGAAGUACAAGGCCAUCAGCGAGGAGCUGGACCACGCCCUCAACGACAUGACCUCCAUAUAAAUUGUUUACACCUCAUCACAGAUGCCUCCUGCCGGCUGAGCAGCACCUGUCUGCCCUCUCCAGCCUUCUCUCCAUUCUCCCCUCCCUCCCUGUCUUCGCUUUCCUGUCCUCCUUAUGUUUUCAUCCUCAUGUCAACGAUUACUGCAUCCCAUCUCUUGUACAGAAUCCUAGAAACUUUCUGCGUUGUGUAAAAAAUAAACGUCCUUCCUUCUAUUUAAGCUGUAUCUCUUUACUCUGUCCUUUUUCCUUUUCAAUUUAUCCUCACAUGGCUUUAAUAAAACCAGGAAGUUUUGAUGUUCAUUUUGUUUUCUGCAUUCUCAACAAACCACUAGUUGAGAUUCCCUAGGCGUAGUGUCAUAGUUGUUCUUUGUUUGUUGUUCAGAUAUUUGUCCUGUGAGGCUGAGAUAUUAGAAAUAUCUCAAUAGAGCAGUGAACACGUAAACCUAAAGCAACUGCAGGUACUUGACUGGAAGCUGAGCCGAGUCUCUCUUAGCAUUUGAGACUGAUGCAUGCGAGCACUUUUGGAUAUUUAGUCCUGUGGCAGGAUGAGGGGACUGGAAAGAUUUGGGGAUCGGAGGGAACUCGUGUUGGAUUGUGAUCAGGAAGACUGUGGUGAAGUAAAGGAACGGAGGAGCACAGAACAGUAUGUGAGAUUUGUUGAGCCUGGUUGCUGAUUAAAAGAAAACUGGAUGAAACUGAUAUCAGUGGUGUUGACACGUGGGCUCUGUAUGAAACACGGUAUCCUGUCAUAAUGUGAAUAAAUAUACAAUCACA